AUGAGUCGCCGUAGUAAGAUAAUUGCGUUAGCUUUAGCUAAAAGUGAAAUUACGGACAGUAACGCAGAAGACGAACGUGUGAACAAUCGAAAUAAUGACGUUGAGAAUAAUGUACCACUGGAAAGGAGGAUGUCACCAAAUUUUAUCGAGACAGGAAAUGAUUUACUAAGUUUUAAAUAUAACCUGAGACAACGCACUCCGGUAAAAAUACAGAAUGAUCAAACAGUCUCCAAUGAAUCCGAAGAGAUUUACUCACCAGUAGUUUCAGAAUAUUUACCACCUCAAGAAAACACUCCAUCUGUUUUAACACCUGAUGCCGAUACAGAAUCAGUAAAUAAUGAAUUCAUAGAAAAUUACAAUAAUGAACAAAUAGAGGAUAUUUUACGUGAAAUUGUGCAAAACCAAGAACUUAGUGAUGCAAUAGAACCUGGAAUACGAACCUCUAAAGAACAAAGUAAUGUAAUAGGGAAUGGAAGUCAAACUAACGCAGAAGAGCCUAGAAUUUCAUCACACAUUAAUGUUAAAGAAAAAAAGAAAUAUCCGAAGAAAGUUAACCCAGGAAGGAAGAGAUUUUUGAAUAAAGAAAAUUGGAAGGCUGAAAUAUGUAAACGAAAGAAAAAUUUGGGCGAGGAAUUUAUAAAUAGAAAAGGGCAGUUAAUAGCGAAAAAAAUUAUGAAAGCAGACUGUGGUGCUAAUUGUUCACGUAAAUGUCGAGAAGCAAUCACAGAAAACCAGAGAAGUUUAAUAUUUAAAAACUUCUGGGAACUGGGGGAUCAUAAUAAACAAAUGGAUUAUAUUAGCCGAUUUGUUAGAAGAGUCCCAAAAAAGCAAGUUAUUGCCGCCUCAGCCUCAUCCAGUAGGCGCAAGUGGUCUUUUGAAUACAAUUUGUUUAUAGAAGGUCAAGAAAUACGAACCUGUAAGACGAUGUUUUUAAACACCCUCUCUAUAAGCGACAUGUGGUUGCAGACUUUAUUUAAAAAAAUUGAUAAGUCUGCUACAGGUACUAUAAUAAACGAUAAAAGAGGUAGACACGGCACGCGCAAAAAUGCUGUUCCAGAUCAAGUCAAACAAUCUGUUAGAGACCAUAUUUCACAAAUGCCAUUAGUAGACUCACACUAUGUGAGAAACAGGACAUGUAAACAGUAUCUGGAUGAACAACUAAACUUUCCAAUACUCUACAAACUUUAUUUGGAAUGGAUGAAUGAAAAACAUUCCGAUCAGGUCGUUGCGACUUCAAGACAGUAUAGGGAGAUAUUUAAGACAGAUUUUAAUAUUGACUUUAACAAACCGAAAAAAGACCAAUGUCCAAGUAGCUUACCUAAUAUAAUUAAAUUUCAAUAUGAUUAUCUGAGCGACAAUGAAAUGGCUAUAAAUCUAGCUCAGGAUAUUAAGACAGUUUCUCUUCGGGCAGUUACUCGUCGCGCUACCAAGGAACCUCAAAACAGUGAACAAGAGCUACCGAUUUCUAAGGCUUAUAAUGCACCUUUGCCUUUAUCUACAGCAAAGUACAAAGAUUUAAUAAGCUUAUGUAAUAGCAAUGCCAUUCCAACAAUAUAUCAUGAUUAUUUUAUAAAUUUACCUCAUGUGAAAACGAUUCUACCAAAUAAUAUGACUGAUUCUGAUUAA